GCGAAAGUGAAAAUCGCUUUAUCCCAGCACGGAUGCCGUGUCCUCACACCCACGAUCCCGGGCUGAGCUGGCUGUCCCCCAUGCGGAGCUGCCGCCGCUCCAGAGAGCCGAUGUCAGAGGAGCGCGGCGUGCAGGAGCGGCCGGAGAGUCGUGAAGAAGAUGACAGGAAAGUAAGGAGGAGAGAAAAAAAUCGAGUUGCUGCCCAGAGGAGCCGGAAGAAGCAAACUCAGAAAGCAGAUAAACUUCACGAGGAAUAUGAGUCUCUUGAGCAAGAAAAUACCUCCCUGAAAAGAGAAAUCGGAAAGCUAACAGAUGAAAUGAAACACUUGAGUGAAGUGUUGAAGGAUCAUGAAAAGAUCUGUCCACUAUUGCACUGCACCAUGAACUUUGUGACCAUACCAAGGCCUGAUGCACUUGCCAGCUGCCUACCAAGAUGAGUGCUCUCCUCAAUCACCUCUCAAUGUGAUGUGGGAAAGUGCCAUUAACAGGAGGUUUCAAGAACUGCCUAGUGUGCAGUUCUUACAUUGAAUAGGGCUGGACUCAACCACACAGCUUUACUCCACAUUGAAUUGUUACAGUCUUCUAAAUCUCAGGAAAACACCAGUAUGGAAAAAAAGACAGUUUGAACAGCAGCUUUUUACUUGAUAGACUCUUCAAGCCAAGGUUUUGCCUUUGGAAAUGUCAAAGUGCCGUGCAGCCCACUAUGGAAUGAUGGAGUGUAGACAGGGAAAAGUACCGACCUCAGACUGGGAUGCCUUUCUCCCACACAUCCACUGCCAGUAACCCUUUGUCACUUGUCACCCAUGCAUGUCAUGAUCUGGCUGCUGGGUUUUGUCUCUCUGAACAGGUUUGGUUAAUAAAAGUGAUGUCUCAUCUCCA